UGGGCACCUCACAAGCCCUGCUGCGCAUGCUCGCUCGGUGACCCCAGCUUGAGGUGACUGCCCGAACCCAGGCGGGGGCCCCAGGCACGGAGGCUGAGGGACCUGCCACGGCUCGGUCUCCGGAGAGGGAGGGCCCCGCUGCCGUCGCCGCCCGACCGGUGCCCGGACGGAGCCCCUGGACGGCCAGGUUCCUUCCAGGGAGGUGGAGGAGAAAUCCAUCUGCUGGGGCCUGGGGGCCAGGCCAUCGGUCCCGGAAUGCCCCUGCCCGAGCCCAGCGAGCAGGAGGGCGAGAGUGUGAAGGCCGGUCAGGAGCCCUCCCCUGAGUCCCCUGAGCCGGGCACAGAUGUUGUCCCUGCAGCCCCCAGGAAGCCCAGGAAGUUCUCCAAGCUGGUUCUGCUGACAGCCUCCAAGGACAGUGCCAAAGUGACCGGGGCCAAGCGCAAGGGAGUGCACUGCAUCAUGUCCCUGGGGGUGCCCGGCCCCACCACCCUUGCCAAAGCCCUCCUCAAGAUCCAUCCCGAGGCUCAGCGGGCCAUUGAGGCUGCCCCCCAGAAGCCUGAGCAGAAACGCAGCAAGCUGGACACAGACGGAAAAGAAGACGGAAGGUUGGCAGGGCAGCCUGCCCCUAGUCUCUCGGUGGAAGGGGAGAAGUCCACCAUGGCCCCCGCCGUGUCUGUGUCUGGAGAGGCCCCGUAGCCCUGACAACCGAGGGUGCGUCCUGGUUGGGUCAGUGAACUUGACGACAACUUCUACAGGUUCCACUGGGCUCCUGCCUGGGGCCCAGCUGCUGACUGAUUUUCACUUGUAAUUUUUUCAACAUUGUAAUUUUUUUCCGAUCAAGCAUAAUUUACUUUUGUAAGCAGAAGAAAAACAUUAAAAAGAGAAUAAAAGAAGCUGUA